AUGGGAGACAGAAGAGAAGCUGAUUCCAGGAAAACAGCGUCAAAGUGGCCGACCAUCAAAACAAAAGCAAAUCUUCAGAUAACUUGUCUUAAAGAUACUCAUCUCUUUACUGUGCAGAAUUUCCUCACAUCUGCAGAAUCAAAGGCUUUCGUUAAAGCUGCAGAAUCUAUUGGGUUUUUUCACCAAGGGAGUCUUGGCCCAACAAAAGGCGAAGCUUAUAGAGACAAUGAUAGAAUCUCUGUGAAUGAUCCUGUUCUUGCGGACACAAUUUGGGAGUCUGGUCUUGACAAAUUAUUUUCUGAUAUCAAAAUUCGAGGGAAGGCUGCUGUUGGCUUAAACCCAAAUAUCAGAUUCUAUAGGUACAAGGUUGGGCAGCGCUUUGGAAGGCAUAUUGAUGAAAGUAAUGAUCUUGGAGACGGAAAACGCACCCAUUAUACUUUGUUAAUAUACUUGAGUGGCGGUUUCAAACCAAAAGCUACAAAUGAUAAGACCAGUCCUAAGGAUUCUUCCUCAGAGCCUCUGGUUGGAGGAGAAACUGUCUUCUACGGUUCGAGGAAUACUGUUGUGGCAGAGGUGCCUCCCACUGAAGGAAUGGCUCUUCUACACAUUCAUGGAGACAAAUGUUUGUUGCAUGAAGCUCGAAACGUUACUAAGGGUAUCAAGUAUGUUUUUCGUUCCGAUGUAGUAUUUGCUUGA